GUGUGUUAUGUGUAUCUUAACUCUCUGUAGUGAUAUCAUGGCUGUGGCGUCUCUGCUGGUUCCUGAAGUCAAACGGGCUCUGUGGACAGACAGCAGGAGAGAACCUGCCGCAGUGUGCUGCUGAGACCUCCAUUUAAAAAAUAAUAAUAACGUGUGAGCGGACAGGUGUGUGUUAUAGCUGUGUGUCGGGCAGCCUGGCUGCCUGCUGCCUCCUGAUGAAUGAAGAGCUCUCCGGGACACAGCUGAUGCAGGGCAUGCAGGUGUUUCUGAUAAUAUGAUGAAUUAUCCCCAAUGAGUCCCCAUAAGAAUCACAAGAGCAGUUUGAGUCCCAACUCCAAGGUCCUGAUGCAGCGUAACAUCGUGGGCUGCAGGAUCCAGCACGUGUGGAAGGAAAGGGGGGGGCAUGUGAUGUGGAAAGGAACCGUGCUGGACCAGGUGCCAGUGAACCCGUCUCUCUUCCUGAUAAAGUACGAUGGUUUCGACUGUGUUUAUGGUCUGGAGCUCCAUAAAGACGAGAGGGUUCAGGGCCUGGAGGUGCUCCCCGACAGACUAGCAGCUAAGUCCCGUGCCUCAGACGGCAGCCUGGCGGACACCAUGAUUGGGAGAGCUGUAGAGCACAUGUUCGAGACAGAGGAGGGGCCAAAGGAGGAGUGGAGGGGGAUGGUGCUGGCCCGGGCCCCCAUCAUUACCACCUGGUUCUACAUCACCUACGAGAAGGACCCAGUCCUCUACAUGUACCAGCUGCUGGAGGACUACAAAGAGGGAGACCUCCGCAUUAUGCCUGACUCCAACGACAGCGCCCCCUCGGAGCGGGAGCCUGGGGAGGUGGAGGAGAGCCUGGUGGGGAAACAGGUGGAGUACGCCAGGGAAGACGGAGGCAAGCGGACCGGCAUGGUCAUCCACCAGGUGGAGGCCAAGCCCUCCGUCUACUUCAUCAAGUUUGAUGACGACUUCCUUAUCUACGUUUACGACCUGCUCAAAACUUCGUAAGACUUUGCAGGCAUCUCGUCAUUUUAAUUCCAAAAUGGAUGAAGUGUGAGGAGCCGAGCUUCACUCCCCAGGGCUCGACAUUAAGGACUGAGUCUAAGGUGGCCCGGGGCCAUCUAGUAUUUAGCUCGGGCAAUGAAGCCUCACCUGCUGGUUGCACGAUCGGGCAAUCUAUUAUGCCAGUAUCAUGCAGCUCGCGGAUCCAGUAAUGAGUGACCCGACAGUAAAACUAAACAUGUAUAACUAGUUUAGGUAGU